AUUCCUGGAAGGUUUCUCCCAAAUUACCUCGCUGAUAGAUAUGGUUGCUUGAACGUUAUGAGCGUAUGUGUUGCCAUUUGUUCGCUUUUGAUUCUGGUCGUCUGGUUGCCAUUUGGAAGUAACCUAAGUACCAUGUAUGCCUUUGCGGGCCUUUUUGGUUUCUUCUCGAGCUCAACCAUGUCAUUGACACCGGUAUGUUGUGGUGUUGUGGGUAAGACGGAAGAUUUUGGCAAAAGAUAUGGAACUGUCUACUUCCUGGUUGCCUUUGGUAACCUAAUUUCUCUACCAAUUGGUGGUGCCAUCAUUGGUAAUGGAUCUGGAUAUUCCAACAUGAUUCUCUUUUGUGGAAUCAUUGAAGGUGUUGCUGCUAUCCUCUGGAUAGUUUCCAUCUAUACCAUCGUUGGCUGGAAGAUCAGAAGAGUUUAG